AUAGAUUUACAGAAUUUACGUAGAUAAGAAGAAAAUCAAAUAAGAUCAAUUCCCAUCUCGUCCAGUAUCGUUGCAUGUAUAACAGAGUGAAGUUGAACGUUUAAGAAAUAUCCGAUUUCGAAUUGUAUACGAUGUCUCCAGUUGUAUUAUCCACAGUUAUUCGUGGUCCAGAUGAAUUCGAAGUAUUUCCUCUGCGUGACAACAAAAAAAUUGUGAUAAGGCAAAAAAAAACUCUCAAAGGACCUUCCAGGGUGGUAAGGCUGUGUAUAUUAGGAGUUUUGUUACCUGCCUUGCUGAUAGCAGUUCCUCUCUACUUUCGGUAUAAAAUUUACAGGCACCAACUUUAUCCACUUACCAUAUCAGAUAUGCGCAUAAUAGAUGGAAGAAUUUCUACAACUUGGUGUCAGCGACAAAUUCUUAGAGCGAACACAACUUUCAACGCUUAUCUGCUUCCGGAAACUCCAAAAAUUUCCGGGCGACUAGAGAACUUCUCCAUGGUGCGACAUCUGCUUCUCGAAGACGACAUGAAGGAAUAUUGGGGUUUCUAUCUGCUGAAAGGAUCGGUGGUUAGGGUGUCCACUUGUGUUAGGUGGCCUGGAGCUUCCUUGAUCGUUAUCAGAGGACACAAGCAUCUGCACGAAUGCGCUUAUAUAGGAGACAAUUCUUCAGAAGAGGCAGACGAGACAGAACCAAAAGAUGAUGGUCCUGCAAACAAGCCAGAGGAGAUGCGACGUCAUCGGCCAGAGGUACAAUUUCUCAAACAAGGAGAAUCUGACGCGUUUGCUUCCAAUAAAUCACUCAUUGAUGAUUUUCAAGAGCAAACGAAUGAUGACGUUUCAGACACCGAAGGUGAUAUAAAGGAGAUUUUGGACAACCUACAAAAUAAAACGAGAAAAGCAAAGAAGGGAGACUUCAAAGAGGCAAAAAGCAGACAUGGUCAUAGGAAUUCGACAAUUGACAAUGAGGAGAAGAAAAAUUUCAACAUUACUGCUCCGUCAUACAGCAAUAUAACUUCAGAAGAGGUGAUCGAAGAUAUCCUCUUGAAAUUAGAGAAACUCGGUGCCAAAAGCAAGAAUAUAAUGGAUAAACUGAACGAGAAAUUUAACAAAACCGCAAAAAAUGCUGCCAAAACUAAGCGUGAAAUUUUCGUGGAAACUGCUCGUGGUUUACUUCAGCCUACGGAAGAACACGAAAACAUUGCAGAAGAGGUCUUGCAGCCGGAUGGUAUAGCGGACCAUCGGGGAAGAGUUGUUGAAACGGCAACCAAUGAUAUGAGCAACAGCGAAUUCUGGUCUUCAUUUUCAAGUUCAGAAGAGGCUCUGCUCAGCUGUACAGGUCUGAUUUUGAACCUACCGUUAACACCCCACCAUAGGUGUUUAUCGGACCUAACCGACGAAGAAGCGGAAGAAACUUAUUUGAUGAAUACCAUCGCUUACAAGGUUCCCAUGAACGCCUACUACUUCUUCGUGUUCAACAGCGAAAAUGAAGUACAGCAAAACUACCUCAGAGUUACUUUUAAUAUAGAAAAAAGGGUCUAUGACCUGUCGAAUUCCUUGGCUUCAUGUUCAAACGUGACCCAGAACUGUGUACUCGACCUGAAGUUUCUUUCCAGACAAAAAGUGGUUUUGCAACUACCACAGCGUGAUGAGGAGGUUGAUCCGAAUAUGGAAUUUGUCGCAGAAUCUGAAUGUGAACCCAGGUCUAUGUUGUACGCAUUGUUUGUAAUCGCGGUACCGGUAGUAUUUAUUCUGUUUGCAUUCACGUGAAAUGCUCGAAAAAAAGGACAUAAGAAUAAACAAUGAAAUUAAUUUUUGAAGUGAAGGUCAUGAGAAAAAUGUCGAAGAUGUUGUGAAUAUUGUCAGAAGGUUUAUUUGACUUAUUAAAGAUUUAAUUAUUUUCUUCAUA